AUGCUUCACCUUCCCUUCCCCGUAUCUUUUGCAUUGUUGCUGAUCCUGCUCGUCACAAACCUCGGUAUCGACCUGGUGUUCGUGAGAGAAACGAAGCGCGUGGCUACACUGCGGUAUCCGCCGCUCACUCAAUACACCUUCCUCGAAGGCGAUUAUCCUGCGUUUCUCCCUGUAGAGAAUGCACAGAGAUCCAUCAGUCUGUUGCUGGAAGAAAGCGUACGCUACGGCCUCACGGAGCCCGAGAAGAACCUUGAGUGGACGUACAUGAGCCCCGGGGGGGACGGCAACAUACGCCUAGAGCCUAACCACCGCUUCUUCAACACUGGCUUCUCAUACCAACUCCACUGCGCGAAGGUGCUUGUCUCCACCUUCCAACAAAACGAGCCGCCGACGCGCUAUCGCGAAGUCGAGCACGUCGCGCGCUGCCUGAACGUCCUCCGCCAGUUCGCGCUGUGCUCCGCGGACACGACGCUCGAGCCUGCGGACAGCCUCCGCAAGAACUUCACUGCGGUCAGGGCUGGGGGAGAGCACAGGUGCAGGGACUCGCGGGCGCUGUAUGAGACGAUGGAGCAAAACUGGCUGGAUUGGUCCGAGUACAAGCAGACGCUGGCUGCCUAG